AAAGCGGAAGAAGGAGAAGCGACCAGAGAGAGAGAGAGAGAGAGAGAGAGAGAGAGAGAGAGAGAGAGAGAGAGAGAGAGAGAGAGAUGAACUCGUCGCCGGCGAUGGAACCAGACGCGCCGGACCUCGUUUGCCAGCUCGACAACGUCCAAGGCAUGGUCGAUGCCCUCACCUGCGUCCGAUGGAAACGCCACCAGGAUGCUUUAGUGGAGCUAUCCGAGCACGGAAUCGUCUUGAUCGUGGAGGAAUCAGGCUGUCUUCAAGCCAAGGUCUAUCUUCAACGCGAGCUGUUCACGAAGUACGAGUACGGAGCUGAAGGGAGACCUAGAUUUGGAAUCAGCUUAGGCCUUCUUGUUGACUGCUUGAACACAUUCUCAUCACCUGGACACUCAAAUACUAUUGAAAUCAAGUAUCCAGGCCCUGACAUGGAGCUUCUUCUCAAGUCUGUUGAUACCUUAAACUCGUGUAUCUACUCUGAGAUAAGAACGAGAAUCCCAGAGACUAGUGAGUGGGACUAUAACUUUGAGCAGGCCGGGGCUGCGCCGCUUACUUUUACUGUUAAGUCAGCUGCGUUGAAAGAAGCAAUUGAUGAUCUUGAGUGGCCUGGAUCAAGCGUGCAGAUUAGUCUUCAAAAGUCUCCUCCCUGUGUUACCUUCAGAGGAGAAGGACAUGGAGACUUACAGAUAGACUUCAUGUAUUAUGCCAACACAGAUCUUCUCCUUGCCUUUCAUUGCGAUACUGAAGUCUCUUACGGGUACAAAUACAAGUUUCUAAAGGCGACAACAGCAAAUAUUCCGGGAAACGUCGCGAGGGAAAACAGGGGAAGCAAGCUGACAAUAGGGAGAGGAGGGAUGUUGAAAGUUCAGCACUUGGUUUCGGUUGCUAAAGCGUUAGCUCCACAAGUGGAAUCUGCAGGUUAUCAGCCGCCGAGUAGAAUUGCUUAUAUAGAAUUCUUUGUCAAGCCUGAAGAAACUGCUUAGUUUAUUAUUAUCUUCUUCUGUUAAAACUUUUUUGUUUGUAACGCUCUGAUUGUUCUUCUUAGCCCAACAGUUUGCUAAAAAGCUUGGAAAGAAAAAAGGUGUAAUUGGAGACUACGUGCUGGUUUUUUAUCGAUUUAGCUCAGAUGUCACGCCGUUUAUGUU